AUGGCCGACCCAUUCAGCAUGGCUGCGAGCAUAUUGACGGUCUUGCAAGUGGCCGACUCCAUCAUCACCUUUAUUCGAGACCUGAAGAACGCAUCGGACGAGCACAAAAGCCUGCUGGCCGAGAUGGAAAGCCUACACAGCGUCCUCGGCCAAGUGUACGAGGUAGCAGAAAACGCAGGAAACCCUAGGGCCGGCGCCGGGAGACCGACAUUAGCGAGUAUCAAGGAGCCGCUUAACCGUUGCCGGUCGAGUCUGGAGGCUCUGAUGGUCAGGCUGGACCAGAUGCACGGGCUGGAUAAGGCGCGGAAGGCCCUGGUGUGGAAGCGCCAGCGCACCGACACCAGAAACCUUCUCGCAGACAUCGAACGGGAGAAGACUUUGUUGAUGCUAGCGCUACAGAUCGAAGCUCAGACUACCUGUGUCACUAACCAGCAGUUGUGCCUCGACACCCACAAUACAAUCACCGAGAUGGGCAUGGAAAUCGCCGCAAUCAAGUCUUUGAUUAUACCUGAAGGCAGAAUGACCAACUCGGCAGUCACCAGCACGCAAUGUCAGUCUCCGUGUGAGCCUUUGCAGCAUGACAGAGUCAUUGAUAUAACAUGUCCUGGCGAGAUCAUAACGUCGUGCGAAUCCUUCGACACCAUGGACAGGAGACCAGCAGAGUCCGGGAUCCUGCCCGAAGAGGACCAUGGGGUCAAGUCGAAAAGAAGGCGAAAAGCGCCCAGCCGUGCACGCUCUAGAGGUGGGGGUCCUUGGGUCACCAUCAAGCAUUAUGGCAGCAAUGAAUCAGGGUCAAACGUGGUAUACGGAAGCAGCCAGGUUUUCUCCAGUGCGACCGUCUUCUUUGGUCGGGCGUAA